AUGGAUAUUGUGGUGAGCAGCAUCUGAUUACACACAGACACCAGUAGGCAUCGGAGGGGGAAGACACUCAUUAUCUGCCAGCAGAGACGGCUUCUCAUUCCCCCCCGAAGAAGAAACACUUUUAUUUUUUACAUUUCACACAGGAAACUUUACUUUUUAACCGACAAGAGAAAAACAAUAUCUCGUGGAGAAUUGUUCGGGUCUUCUCACCGUGUUAAUGGCUGAGGGGGACCGACGGGCGACUGUGGAGUAAACUUGCGAGAUGUCGCAGUUUGUGGAGGUUUAAAGAGGACGAACCGCUAUAUUUAAAAAAACCUUUUUACGGGAUACACUUCAAGAGAGGCGGCCAGACUCCGGGAUAUUGUUGUGUGUUGCUCCAGGUCGGAGAGAAACAGGCCCGCAGAGACAAGGACUGUCUUCUGUUUGGACAUCUGUCCGUCUCUAUUUUCGUCUGUGAUAAGUAUUUUCUGUAGCCGCCAUCAUUCCGUGCUGUAAAGCCGACCCCAACAUGUCUUCCAAUGGAGACCUCAGCGACCUGGGGAGCUCUGACAGCUUCUGGGAGCCGGGUAACUACAAGAGGACGGUGAAGCGGAUAGACGAUGGUCACCGGCUGUGUAACGAGAUGGUCAGCUGCUUCCAAGAGAGGGCGAAGAUAGAGAAGAGUUACGCUCUGCAGCUGAGCGACUGGGCCAAGAGGUGGAGGGGCGUUGUGGAGAAAGGUCCUCAGUAUGGUACGCUGGAGAAAGCGUGGCACGCCUUUAUGCAGGCGGCCGAUCGGCUCAGCGAGCUGCACCUGGAGCUGCGGGAGCGACUGGCGGGCGAGGACAGCGAGAAGGUGCGCGACUGGCAGAAAGAUGCCUUCCACAAGCAGAUGAUGGGAGGCUUCAGGGAGACCAAGGAUGCAGACGACGGCUUCCGCAAAGCACAGAAACCCUGGGUCCGCAAACUGAAAGAGGUGGACACCAGUAAGAAGGGCUACCAUCAGGCCAGGAAGGAGGAGUGGACGGCGGUUACCAGGGAAACGCACGCCAAAGCCGACCCAACCAAGUCACAGGAGGAAGUCCGCAAAUACACAACCCGGGCAGAGCGCUGCAACGAGGAGGCCGAGAAAGUGAAGGAGCGCUACACGAGGGCCUUGGAGGAGCUGAACCGCUGUAACCCUCGCUACAUGGAGGACAUGGAGCAGGUGUUCGACCUCACCCAGGAGGCCGAGCGUAAGAGGCUGCGCUUCUUUAAAGGCGUCCUGCUGGACAUCCACACACACCUUGACCUCUCUGACAAAGAAGGGUUUAAAGGCCUGUUCCGGGACCUGGGUCAGACCAUCCAAGUAGCCAAUGACACUGAAGAUCUCAGAUGGUGGAGGAACACCCACGGACCGGGCAUGAGCAUGAACUGGCCACAGUUUGAGGAGUGGUCUCCGGAGGCGAGUCGCUCCAUCAGCAGGAAGGUCCGAGGUGGACAGUCUGAGGACAACGUGGUCACCCUCACCAAUAUUGUCUCCUCAGGUGGAAACGACAUCCCACCGAGUCCAAUUACCCUGGACACCGGCAGGGUGAAGGAUUAUUCGUCAGACUGGUCAGACGAGGAAAGUCCUAAGAAGGUGGCGGAGAACGGUGUGGGGGAAGCAGAGGACGAGGAGGAUCAGGUAGAGGGGGUGCGAGUCCGAGCGAUCUAUGAUUACGUGGGCCAGGAGGCCGAUGAGCUCAGCUUUAAAGCAGGCGAGGAGCUGCUGAAGAUGGGGGAGGAGGACGAGCAGGGCUGGUGUAAAGGACAGCUGAGCAACGGGCAGGUCGGCCUCUACCCCGCCAACUACGUUCAGGCCUCCUGAUGGCGCGCCCAGACAAUCGAGAUGCCAGUAUCAAUCACAAGCUAGUAGUGCUGACAUGUAGACGGUGAAACCAGACAGUUUUUUGGUGGCUGACUAAAAAAAACUUUUUUUUUGAGCUGCGAUUUCUGAAAAUCAGCCAGUGGGAAAAGUCCACUUGUUGUGAAAGGCUGUUUACUCAGCUCGAGGUCAACGACAUUGUUGUUUGAAAGAAGCUUUACAGGCAAAGAGAAAGUCUCCGGAGGCCUGCCAACAAGGACGCUGGAGAGAAACAUGGAUGCAAGUUAUCAAACUCUGGAUUUUUGUUUUUCUGCUCGCUGCCAUAAUUUUCAGUUACUGGAGUCAUUAAAUCAAAGCAGUGAGAGCGACUACCAUGGCUGACUGUGAUUGGCUUAAACAUCUGUUGAUCAAUCAAACAAGCCCCAAAAUAUGUUUUUGUGUAAUAAAAAUAGUUUGACAUUUUGGGAAGAGCUUAUUUGCUUUCUUGCAGUUGAUGAGAUGAAAAGAUAGAUACCACUACUCCUAUCUCUUAUAAGCCUAAAGCCAGCCGACCGCUAGCUUAGCUUAGUUUAGCAUAAAGACUCAAAGUCCUACAUUUUCUUUUGAAAGUAAAAGUCCCAUUCUUAUUUUUUUUUUUUUUAUUGUACGAGAGUGCUUCUACGGCUCGGAUCAUGAAGCAUCAGUACAGAAGAUUAACAACUGCUUUAGAAAAUAUCUGGUUAUUUGAUCAAAAAUAACCAGCAUAAAAACUGAGGUGUACGUUAAAUAAGACUCCCAAGGUGCAUUUUGGCAAGAAACACCCAACUGUUUGCAUGAGGUUACCCAGGAAUAAACAUUUAAUAAUUAUUUAAUGGUAAUGGUGUGUGGAAGCUAUGCUUUGAUUUAGUUACCUUUGGUCAGAGUCAGGCUAGUGGUUUCCUCCUGUUUCCAGUCUUUAUGCUAAGCUAAGCUAAAUGGCUGCUGGCUGUAGUCUUGUAUGAGUGAUAUCUAUCUUCACGUCUAACUCUGGCGAAGAAAGUGAAUAGUGCAUUUACAAAAAUGUAAAAUAAAUAAAUAAUGAAGCUUCACUAUUCUCAUUAAUAAAUGAAAUGAACUUGUCUCUAUUAACAAUCUUUAAUAGAUUUUGAGACUUUUUGCAGUCUUUGAUCCAGCGUCUAGUGGCCGUUAGAGGAACUGCAGCUGGAGGCACCUUCAACUUCCCCGUCCUCUCCGCUCAGCUGUGGUGGUUCCUGCUUGAAAUGAACCCAAUGAAAGACUGUCAGUGCCUUAGUCAGCGAGGCCAGAGAUGUUAUGGUGCCGCCCUGCUGUCUGACCGAGGAACUACAGCCGCCUGAUGAUGACCUCCAGUCUGAUCCCAGUAGAAACCAGUAGAAUCUCCUGUUAGGACUUUAAAACGUUUUAACUGUGAUUUGCUCAUUUAGCUCGACAAUGCUAUGCUUCGGUUAUUUUAUAGGUUUUUAGGUGUCACACUGAAUUCACUUUCUUUCCUUUUUUUUAUGUGAUAGCUGUAUGUUUAUAUUAAGUCACCUGAUUUUGAUUAUGAACGGUGUAAACUGUGGCUUUCGGUUUCUUUCUUUUUUUAAAUAGCAUUUUUACAGUCAACUGAUUUACUUUCCAAGUUAUUGUCCUCUUUAAUUUUGCCAUCAUUCUUCAGUUUAGGCCGACUCAGGCGGGGAGAGGAAAGUUGACUGUUUUAGAUUUGGGUCAUUUAACCUGUGGAAGGUGGUUUGUUGCUCAUUUUGUUUUGCUGUGCUGCCACCAUGAAUCGCACGCACCUCAAACAUCUGAAAUAAGUGAUAAUAUUCUGUCCGGUUUUUGGGUUUGUGAUGUUUAAGUUUGUCGUUUGUGUGUGUGUGAGGGAGUUUCCUCUGUCCUGCUGAUCAGAGCAUCGCUACAGCUAACCCACGUAGACGUCCGAAUAAUGAGAGGUAAUGGAGAUAAUUAACGCUACUGUGCUGCUCCUUUUAUUCUUUACUUUUCUUUACAAAAUAAUAACAUGUACAGAACAUUAAGUGGGAAGCAACAAUAAAGCGCUUUCUGGAA